AUGCUCUUCAAUUGCGCGGAUCUGGCCAAGUACAUGCCUGAGGGUGUGAAACGUGCCGAGGUUUUUUCAGUCGAGAACUAUGGACAACCGCAUCUUCUGAAUUACACAUUCGACUUCGAAAAAAAAGAAUGGAAUAAAACCUCAGAGUGAGUUUUUUUUUGCUUUUGAAAUUCGACUGAUUUUGAAAUUUUGAGCUGACAGUGAAUACAAAAUUUUUUUUGUGAUUUCAGGCCUGUUCGUUUGUAUCCAGAUAACGGCCCUUCGGACUCGGACUUUUACUGGACAUUCUUCUCCGAAAACUUUGACCGGAUUGCACUUAUUUACUCUCGCGGUGGGUAAGUAUUAACCAAAAGUUGUUUUUUACUCUAAGUUCGACGCUCACAUUUCGGUGGAACUUGUCAAAACUUAAGUUUUUUUUUGAAGUCGCAGUAAUCUUUUCAGCAAAUCUUUUUACUUCUGGCGAGACGCGCCCGAACAAAGUUUUGAGAUGCCUGGAUUUAACCAAAUAGAUAAAACAGUCUAUAUGAUCAGAGACGAGUUGUAUUAUUGGAGAUCUAACCUUACUACAGCCGUACAUCCUAUGGAGCAUUGGUUUUUACGAAGUCGGGGCAAGCCCGGCGAAUUCGAUAUAAUUUCUGAACUACGAGGAUGGACCAGCCAGAAUGACCUAACCGAUUCCACCCUCUACAUUCGCGAUGUGGAUAUUAUGUAUUAUAUACCCUACACGGGGAUUUGUCGGCAGGCUUUUCAAAUUUUUUCCAGGGUAAGGAAAUGUGAAAAAUUUGAUUUUACGGCAGGAAAUAUCAAGAUUUUGUUUUAGUUAGGUGUAAAAAAAAUAUUUUUUCAUUUUUUUCAGGGAAUGUACGACCAGCAAUGCAACCCAUCAAUUGGAAUAUUUGCCAGAACCAAACCCGGCGUUAUUUAUCCGCUUGUAAGUUGUUUCACCUUUUUUUGCGAAUUCUAACAAUGUUUUAGAGGAUGUUCGGAUGGCAUGGAAGAAACUGCGACCCGAUGUUUCAGAAAUAUCGUUACGAUGAACGUGCGUAUGUCCGUUUUGAAGUCCAGCCACCUACGGUAGGUGGAAAUUAUUUUUAUUUUCGAUGCACGGUGCAAAGCAAAGUUUGUUCUCAGCCGCAGAGUGCGAAACUUUAUUUAGACAACAACGACGAGCACGACCACUACGACCACCACAACUACCACUACCACGGUAUAGUUUUCUUGCGAAUUUUUCAUUUACUCUGCGACACAGUGCAGAAAAAAAGUUUCGGUUCAAAUGACGCUGUAAGUUUUAUCUUAUCUUCAGACCACCACGACUACCACCACUACCACGACUACUCCGGUGAGUUUAUGGGCAUAAACAAAAUUUUGUUUUCUCUUUGUGACUGCACUGUGCGAUGGGAAAGGUUUUUCCCUGUUCUGCGAUUGACAGAGUGCACAGUGCACAAAGAAAUGAAUUGCACUGUGCCAUCGAAAUUUUUGCGCACACUGCGGCUUUUGCGAGCCUUUGGGUUGUGGCGCCGCCCGAUUGUGACGCAGAAAUUUUCAGACUACAACAACAACAACCACCACUACCACCACCACCACCACAACCACUCCAACUACCACCACCACCACCACAACCACUCCAACUACCACCACCGCCACCACCCCCACCACAACCACUCCAACAACUAGUUUGACCAAGUCUACCAGUACAUCAUCCACUACAGUGCCGUCUACUCUAUCCCCAACCACAAUUGAUCCCAAUAUCAAGUCAAGUACAGAUAAUAUGUCUUACGUCAUCACAAAGUUGCCUGCACAGUACGUUAUUUUAGAGCUGGCCAAUGGUUUUAAAGCCCUUCGAAACGUAAAUAUCUUUUAUUUUUAGCUCUGAAAAGUUAGUUAUGCCAGCUGACUACUCAACUAUCUACGUUUUCACUGGCUCGUUCCUUGGCUUGCUACUCCUUCUCUGCCUUUGUUCCAUUGUAAUUGCGCUGCUCUACAGAAGAAGAAAGGAUAAGGUAAAGAACUUGUUUAGGUCCAAUAAAUGUACCGGGUUUUUAGAAAGAAAAGACAAAUGAGAGAAAGUUGAAGGCCUCGAAUAAGCGUCGUCGUAGGUCGACGAGAAAAUGGACCAAGACGAGUGGUACUGAUGUGGAGACAAAGACGGAUCCUCACUCUUCAAUGGGAAACACGAAGUCGUCCAAGGUAAGGGAGGAAAUUGAAAAAAUUGUGACUGCACUGUGCAAUGGGUAAUCAAUUUUUGCACAGUGCCAGAUUUUUUUUUAUUUUUACAAAAAAUAUGGAAAAAAAAUUAACAACUUUUUUUUCAGAAAGCCAAGAAAGGAAAGAAUCGAAAGCAGAGAACUGAGUCUGUCGAUCGUUCUGUUCUGACCAAUAAAAACUCAUCGCUUAUGUUCAAGACCACGGGCGGAACCCAAGAGUUUCUCUAG